ACAGUAGUCAGUAGCAGUAGAUACGUCUUUGUUCAAGAGCCUGGACGUAGAUCUACCGCGUACCGGUGCACUGGCCUAACCUCCUUGCAAAUCCUCAGCUCUAAGAAGACAGUUCAGUGGUGGUUAACUCCUUGUUGCUGCUCGCUAGAACCAGAAGAGCACACUCGCUGUCCGCAGCUGUACUUUUCAGGCUACUUACCGCACGGCACCCAUCGCUAAACAGACACCAACAUGGAUUUCAAAUUUCUUCUGCUGACCGUGUGCGUCGUGGUACAUACAGCGCACUCAGCUCCGCCGCCUGGUAUAAAUGUCGCUAAGGAUGCCGCUGGUCUUGAGGAGAAGAGGGUGGAGGUACUGGAGCGCCUAGAGAAAGUUUUGAAGCAGCUACGCGAGGAAGAGCUGAACAUGCAUCCCAACUCUGAUGCCACUGACAAGCUGAGCGUUGAUGAGGCCCUGGAAUCCACCAAAGAGCUCAGUGAUACCGACCUGUCCGAGGUAUUGAAGGCAGAUGAUGUUGCUGAAAAAGCUGCCGACACUAGCACUGCUGAAGCAAAGCCAGGUGCAAAGGCGGAGGAAACUUUCAAGAUCAAGGACUUUGAGGAUGGUGGCAAAUAUUGGCAGUCUAUUGCUGCCACCACCGAAGCACCCGCAACAACUGAAGCUGCUGAAGUUGCCAGCCAUGUGGCCGCUGCUGAUGCUGAUGAUGCCACAGAGAAUGAGCAGCGAAAGGCUUUCGUCAACGUGCUGACAGACACUAUUUUUGAGCGUCUCAAGGCCGGCCAGGUAGCCUUCCCGAGAACACUCGGUGACCGUAUUAGCCACCCUAGUGUGAACGCUGGCAAUCCAGGAAACGUCGAACAGAUUCCCGCACAAUCAGCUGUAGGCAAGCCCGUUCACGCCAGUGUGCACAAGGACAUGACACCAGUUGCAUCGCAAACACACAAGCAGGAAUCCAAGCAGGAUAUGGUGGCAGCUCAUGAGAAGUUCAUCCAAAUGCUCACUCAGUCCAUUUACAAGCGCAUCAUGGCCGAACAGGCCCUCAACAAAGCCGACCAUUCUAGUGACGCCGCCGAGCAAAGCAGCAAAGUCAACGUUGCUGCACCAGCCCCGAGCAAGCAGCAGCAGCAGCAGCAGCUAAUGGAUGCUGACUCCAUGCAGCAGCAACAGCAGGCUGUCAAUGUUGCUGAGGCGGAUCAGAAGACCGUGUCGGCCCAUGACCAGGAUACUCAAGACUUGCUGGCUGAUCUCACAUGGUGAGAACUGCAGAUGAAGUAUCGCUGAGGCUCGUGCAAGUACAUGUAGCUGUGAAGGAGAGCCAUCCCAGCUUAGAAACAGAUUCACUGACUGAUUCUUUCGCUUGUCUCAGGGUUGAUGGAUAUCUUGCCCUGCGCCUCCAGUUACAGUGUGCCGGUGUUGCAAGGUAAUUCAACACGCUGCUAUUCAGGCAACGUAUCGCAUUACUUUCAUCAGCAGGUUCCUUUCGAUUUCUCUCGAUUUCUUUAGUUCUACUUCCAGCUUUGAGUUGGUUUCAGAUACCUUUGGAGUAUUUGUGCAUGUUGCUGCUGCUGCUGCUCUCUGUGUAUAUUUGUGCAUGUUGCUGCUGCUGCUGCUCUCUGUGUUUCACAGCUUUGUGACCCUUUUAGACACCUGUUGUAAUUGCUCUUUUCAGUUUUCUACCACUGCAUUGCAUGAAGGUAAUAAAAAAAUUAAAAUUAAAAGACAAUGAACUCGGAUGGAGAGCCAAGGAUUA